GGCCGCGGCGGCUCCGCCAGUCCGCACACCGGCGGCUCCGCUGCCCGACGGUCGGCCGCUCCGCUGCAUAACAAUGCUCAAAAACACGCCGUAACUCGAAGAACACACCUACGCGGCGCAACCGGCAUGCUUGAGAAUCGGACGGCACGCGUAGCCGGUCGUGAACAAAGUUCGAUUUAUGAAAUCCGUACAAGAAUUGAAUUUUGAGCUCAUAUUUGACAGAAUUUAAUAGGCGGGAUCGGGAGGCGGGGGUCGGUGUCGCGCGGGCCGAGGCGGGCGAUGGCGCGGCGCGGGGCGGCGGCGGCGGCGGCGCGCGGCGCGUCGCGGCGCUGACAUGGGGUGGCGGGCGCGCCGCUCGCUGUUGGCGGCGCCCGCGGGCCUGCUGCUGCUGCUGCUGGGCCUGCUGUGGCCGAGGGGAGCGAGCGGUGGUCACCACGAGAAGCGGCUGCUGCACCACCUGCUGGACCACUACAACGUGCUCGAGCGGCCCGUGGUCAACGAGAGCGACCCGCUGCAGCUGUCCUUCGGCCUCACGCUCAUGCAGAUCAUUGACGUGGAUGAGAAGAAUCAGCUACUAAUAACAAACAUCUGGCUUAAACUGGAAUGGAACGAUAUGAAUCUGAGAUGGAACACUUCGGAAUUCGGCGGGGUCAAGGAUUUGCGAGUACCACCACACAGGUUAUGGAAACCAGACGUCCUUAUGUACAACAGCGCGGACGAAGGGUUCGACAGCACGUAUCCCACCAAUGUCGUAGUCCGCAACAACGGCUCGUGUCUAUACGUACCGCCCGGCAUCUUCAAGAGCACGUGCAAGAUCGACAUCACAUGGUUCCCCUUCGAUGACCAACGGUGUGAGAUGAAGUUUGGCAGCUGGACCUAUGAUGGUUAUCAAUUGGACCUGCAGCUACAAGACGAAGCGGGUGGAGAUAUUAGCAGUUUUGUUACGAAUGGCGAGUGGGAACUUAUAGGCGUGCCAGGCAAGCGCAACGAAAUAUACUAUAAUUGCUGCCCGGAGCCGUACAUCGACAUAACGUUCGCGGUGGUAAUUCGACGCAAGACGCUCUACUACUUCUUCAACCUCAUCGUGCCCUGCGUGCUCAUCGCUUCUAUGGCCCUUCUGGGGUUCACCCUGCCGCCAGACUCCGGCGAGAAGCUGUCACUCGGUGUCACAAUUCUUCUAUCACUGACUGUGUUCCUAAACAUGGUGGCGGAGACGAUGCCAGCCACUUCGGACGCCGUGCCCUUGCUCGGCACUUACUUCAACUGUAUUAUGUUCAUGGUAGCCUCGUCCGUCGUCUCCACCAUACUGAUCCUCAACUACCAUCAUCGGCAUGCGGACACGCACGAGAUGAGCGACUGGAUUCGAUGCGUAUUCUUGUACUGGCUGCCAUGGAUCCUGCGCAUGUCGCGGCCGGGGAACGCGGCGACGCCGCCACCCGCGCGGGCGCCCCCUCCGCCCGACCUGGAGCUGCGCGAGCGCUCGUCCAAGUCGCUGCUCGCCAACGUGCUCGACAUCGACGACGACUUCCGCCACGCGCAGUCGCAGCAGCCGCCCUGCUGCCGAUACUACAGGUCCCUCGACGAUCUACACGAACACUACUCGCCGAGCGGCGAAGAGAACGGUGCAGGUUUGGCUGCGCACAGCUGCUUUGGUGUAGACUACGAGCUCUCGCUCAUACUCAAAGAGCUUCGAGUCAUCACAGAUCAGAUGCGCAAAGAUGACGAAGAUGCGGAUAUUUCGCGCGACUGGAAGUUCGCCGCCAUGGUCGUGGACAGACUGUGCCUUAUUAUCUUUACCCUGUUCACAAUCAUCGCCACGCUAGCCGUGUUGCUGUCCGCGCCCCACAUCAUGGUGUCGUAGCGACCCGCGCGCGUGCGCAUUUAUCUGUGAUACGAAGUAAAUAUUUGUUAAGUUGUGAUCAGCGAAACGGCGCGGGCGAUGACGCCGCGGCUGCGGCGUGGAAGUUGCAGCCCUUGCAGCCGCCCGCCUCGCGUCCGCGCCACUCUAUAGUAUAAGUUACCAUAAUAUAAACCCCGUGCUCUAAACGAGUUACUGCCUAUCCAAUCUCUCAUUUAUCCCUACGAGAUGUUACUUAGACUCGAGACCUUCUAUCAUCCCUAACCUUCCUCAAUGAAGGACUAUCUUUGCUGGUAAAUCUCUGCGAGUCUGGAAUGCUCCUUGACGAUGAGUGGUAUCAGUUGGCGUUCUAACUCGGACGGAGCAGUUUCGUGUGCAGUCACGAGCUCGGGGGCCGCCUAUUGGCGGCCAAAAGCUCUAAGAAAACUUUUACAAUCCACGCUAGAUUAAUACAGUUUCAGAAGGUCCCUACUGUAACGGUGACCUUCACGGAAAAUUUAGCACAAAAACGUCUUCCUUCUUACCGUUAAACGACCUGAUUCGCAUUUAAAAUUUAAACUUUGUUAGAUCUUUCUCGAUUCUUGAAGUCUAUUGUACAGUUUAGGGUUUGGGCGGUAAAGCAAAAGCCCUUUAUUUCAUUCUUGUUCGAUUCCGUGAAUCGUGGUUAUGAUCCCUAACUUUAUUUUCAGAUGUAUUGUGUCAGUAGCUAGUAUAGAACUUUACAAACAAUGUUGAAUUCAAUUGGUACAGGUUGUGAUAUGCCUCGUUGUGAACGGGUCGAUAUUGUUAUAAAUGGUAAAAUAUCCAUGGCUAUAGCUUAAUAAAACGUUCGUUAAAAGUUGUAGUUAAACAAAGUAUUAUUUUAAUAAAGUCGUAUCUACCCGAGUUUUUGGGACGACUUAUACAAUUGAUAAAAUUACAUAAUAAUGUUCACAUUUGUACUUCUUACCAUACAGUUACGGUUAGUCAUACUUACGCUGAUUAGCUUUUAUGCAUUUUUCACCUUCGUCAAAAUCUUAAUUCUGAAUAUCAUCCUUUCGGGUGUGUAGGUACAUGUAAGACAAUUGAAUUCAUUGCAAUUCUUCAUAGAGUUUGCAGCUAUGGACAAUCAUCAAGAAAACAACGAUCAAGUUCUUUGUAUGGGCAGUACUUUAUAGUAUUUCCUACAAUAAAACCCCACCAUUUAAGAGAACAUAAAAGCAGUAUAGUCACUGAUGCAAUAAUUAAGUAGCAAAUUGAUUGCUCAAAACAGAACGCCAUUACGCGUUACUGCAGCUUCGAUCGUCCUGACCGCUCGUCAAUAUCCGAUGACUUCGGUUCGAUCUUUUUUACUGAAUCGUAAUCAUCAUCAUCAUGCGCCGUUGAUUUUAAUUUAAAUUUCAGAAAACACUGAAAUCCUGUUAGGUGGGAAACGUUGAAUCGAAAGAGCGAUUGCGCUGAUACUCAAAGCGAAAAAUGUACCCACGCAACGUUCUUCUAUGUUUCCUAUCUUUCAGGUAUCUUACGAUAAAUCCUAGUCGGCCCUUAAGGAAGUUGCGGCGUGGCUAUGGAUAAAUACAGUGUUUUCAAUCAUUCGUUUCUUUAACGUUGUUUAAUCUUGUCUCAUCAACCUCUCGACUUUGGUUGAGUGACGACCAUGUGGAGAUAGCCGCGUACAUUUGCCGUUACAUCAUUACCUUUUUGCACAUUAUCGUGAGCUACUAUUACGCUCUCUUCUUCCCGGUGAACGGCGUGUACGCGACCCUCUCGGCAAACGGAUGAUAUGUUGUCCCCAUAAUUUGUUCAAUUGUAAUGUUAAUCUCUGAUGCAAUGAGUAUUAAAUAUAAACGAAUGAAUAA